GGGCCUUGCAAAAUAGCAGCCAUAUAAAGCCUGGUAAAUUUGACCAGGCUGAAGACAGGAAGUUAGGCACAAUACAGCCCUGAGAUUUUUCCCUCAUGAUGGGGCAAGACAGACUUCCUCAUUCAGGUUUCACACUAUUUCUCCUUGUCCUGUUUUCUACCAAUGCCUCAAACUCUGCAGAACCACAGUAUAUGGUGCUGGUCCCCUCUCUGCUCCACACUGGGACCCCUGAGAAAGGCUGCCUCCUUCUGAGCCACCUGAAUGAGACAGUGACUGUCAGUGCUUCUUUGGAGUCUCCCAGGGAGAACAGGAGACUCUUCACUGACCUGGUGGCAGAGAAGGACUUAUUCCGCUGUGUCUCCUUCACGCUCCCAAGAAUCUCAUCCUCUUCAGAGGUGGCUUUCUUCACUGUCCACAUAAAGGGACAAACACAAGACUUCAGGAAGAGGAGCAGAGUGCUGGUAAAGAACGAUCAAAGUCUCAUCUUUGUCCAGACAGACAAACCCAUCUAUAAACCAGGACAGACAGUAAAAUUCCGCAUUGUCUCUGUGGAUGAAAAUUUUCACCCCUUAAAUGAACUGAUUCCACUGGUAUACCUUGAGAACCCAAAAAGGAAUCGAAUUGGACAAUGGCAGAAUCUCAAGUUAGAAAGUGGCCUCAAACAGUUAGCCUUUCCCCUCUCAUCAGAGCUGAUUCAGGGCUCCUACAAGGUGGUGGUAGAGAAGGAAUCAGGCGGAAAUAUACAGCACCCCUUCACCGUGGAGGAAUUUGUGGUUCCCAAGUUUGAGGUCAAAGUUCAAGUCCCAAAGAUAAUCAGUAUCCUGGAUGAAAAAGUGGACAUAUCAGUAUGUGGAAUAUACACCUAUGGGAAACCUGUGCCAGGACGUGCAACCGUGCGCAUGUGCCGAAAAUUAUUUCAUUCUUAUUAUUGUCCAAAGAAAGAGUUCUGUGAGGAAUUCAGUCACCAGCUCAACAGCAAUGGCUGCAUCACCCAACAAGUAAACACAAACUUGUUCCAACUUAAGAAUGCGGGUUAUGAAAUGGAACUUACAGUGGAAGCCAAGAUUAGAGAAGAGGGAACAGACCUAGAGUUCACUGGAAGUGGGACCAGUAAAAUCACAACCAUUGCAACCAGAGUCGAGUUUGUGAAAGUGGAUUCACACUUUCGACGAGGAAUACCCUUCUUUGGUCAGGUGCUCCUGGUAGAUGGAAAAAAUGUGCCCAUUCCCAAUAAACUCGUUUUCAUCUCCGCAUUUGAAGCCGAUUAUUUUUUCAAUACAACUACCAAUGAGCAGGGUCUUGCACAGUUUUCAAUCGAUACUACCAAUAUGUUGACUAACUACCUUUUUGUUACAGCCUACCAUGAGAAAGGUGACAUGUGUUAUAGGAUUGCGUUUCUACAAGAAGAACACCGGGCUGCUCAGCACACUGCAAGACAUGUUUUCUCCUUAAGUGGAAGUUUCAUUGACCUGGAGCCUGUGGUUGGUACCCUGCCCUGUGACCAAACACAGACUAUCAGGGCACACUAUAUACUCAAGGUGCCGGCCCCUGGGGAACUGAAGGAGUUCAUUUUCUAUUACCUGAUCAUGGCUAAGGGAGGCAUCGUCAGAUCAGGAACACAUGCUCUGCCUGUAGAGCCAGGAGACAUGAAAGGCAGCUUUUCCUUAGCCUUCCCUGUGAAGUCAGACAUUGCUCCCAUUGCACGAUUGUUCAUCUUUACCAUUUUCCCAAAUGGAGAAGUUAUUGGAGAUUCACAGAGUUUUGAGAUUGAAAACUGUCUAGUCAACAAGGUGGAUUUGAGCUUCAACCCAGCAGUAAGUCUUCCAGCCUCGCAGGCCCACCUGCGAGUCACAGCUUCUCCUCAGUCGCUCUGUGCCCUCCGCGCAGUGGACCAAAGCGUGCACCUCCUGAGGCCUGAGGCAGAGCUCUCCCCGUCCUCGGUAUAUAAUCUGCUACCUGUAAAGGAUCUCACUUAUUUCCCUGAAAAUUUGGACCAGGAGGAGGAAGAACAAGCAAACUGUCGUUAUACUCGUUCUACUCCUCCUAUUGGUGGAAGCUUCUAUAUUCCCUCAGUAAUUAAUGAUGAAGAAGAUAUGUAUAGCUUCUUAAAGGUAAAUUCUGUACUACUUACUAAGGUACUAGCUUAUGAAAGUUUGGGAGGUGUAGGGAUGCUGAAUACUCCUUCAAUGGGUGCAGCUGCUGCAAUACCUGGAAAUAAUAUGCCAAGUCCAGAGCCAGUCUCUGAAACAGUGCGGAGUUAUUUCCCUGAGACCUGGAUCUGGGAGCUGGCAAUGGUGGACUCAUCGGGCGUAGCCGAAGUAGGAGUAACAGUCCCUGACACCAUCACUGAGUGGAAGGCAGGGGCCUUCUGCCUGUCCAAUGACACUGGACUUGGUUUCUCUCUUCCCACCACUCUCCGAGCCUUCCAGCCCUUCUUUGUGGAACUCACAAUGCCCUACUCUGUGAUUCGUGGAGAGGCCUUCACACUCAAGGCUACUGUCCUAAACUACCUUCCCAAUUGCAUCCGGGUCAGUGUGCAACUGCAAGCCUCCACAGCCUUCCUGGCAGCCCAAAACGAAAAGGGGAAAGAAUCCUACUGCAUCUGUGUGAAUGAGCGGCAAACCUUGUCUUGGGCAAUAACUCCUAAAACUCUGGGGAAUAUGAACUUCUCGGUGAGUGCCCAGGCAGUGAAGUCCCAAGAGCUUUGUGGAAAUAAGGUUGCUGAGGUCCCUGAGAUUGGGAGGAAAGACACAGUCAUCAAAACCCUAUUGGUGGAACCUGAAGGUAUUGAGCAAGAAAAGACUUUCAAUUCUAUGGCCUGUACUUCAGGUACUGAAAUAUCUGAGCAAUUAUCCCUGAAGCUCCCACCAAAUGUGGUCAAAGAAUCUGCCAGAGCCUCUUUCUCAGUUUUGGGUGACAUACUAGGUUCUGCUAUGCAAAAUACACAGAAUCUCCUCCAGAUGCCCUAUGGCUGCGGAGAACAAAACAUGGUCCUUUUUGCUCCUAACAUCUAUGUCUUGAACUAUCUGAGUGAAACCCAACAGUUGACUUCAGAGAUCAAGUCUAAGGCCAUUGCCUAUCUCGUCAGUGGUUACCAGAGGCAGCUGAACUACAAACAUCAAGAUGGUUCCUAUAGCGCCUUCGGGGAUCAGUCUGGCAGAAAUGAGGGCAACACUUGGCUCACAGCCUUUGUACUGCAGACCUUUGCCCAGGCUAAAAGCUACAUCUUCAUUGAUGAAGCACAUAUUACCCAAGCCCUCGCCUGGCUCUCCCAGAGGCAGAAGGAGAAUGGCUGUUUCAGAAACUCUGGGUCACUGCUCAACAAUGCCAUUAAGGGAGGAGUGGAAGACGAAGUGACCCUCUCUGUCUACAUCACUAUUGCUCUUCUGGAGAGUGGUCUUCCAGUCACUAACUCUGUUGUUCAAAUGGCCCUACUCUGCCUGGAGUCUGCAUGGAAUACAGCAAAGGAGGGGCCCCGUGGAAGCCAUAUCUACACCAAGGCAUUGUUGGCCUAUGCUUUUGCCCUAGCGGGAAACCAAAAUAGGAGGGGAGAAAUACUGAACUCUCUGGAUGAGGAAGCUGUGAAAGAAGACAACACCGUCCACUGGGAACGACCUCAAAAAACCAGGGCACCAGAAGGGUACUUUUACCAACCCCAGGCUCCCUCUGCUGAGGUGGAGAUGACAUCCUAUGUGCUCCUUGCAUACCUCACUGCCCAGCCUGCCCCAACCUCAGAGGAACUGACUUCUGCAUCGCACAUUGUGAAGUGGAUCAUAAAGCAACAGAAUUCCUAUGGGGGCUUCUCCUCCACCCAGGACACGGUGAUAGCUCUCCAUGCCCUGUCUAAAUAUGGAGCAGCCACUUUCAUCAGGACUCAGAAAACUGCACAAGUGACCAUUCGUGAUUCAAAAACCUUUUCCACAACAUUCCAAGUGGAUAGCAACAACCUCCUGUUGCUACAGCAGGUCUCAUUGCCAGAGCUGCCUGGGGAAUACACCAUAACAGUGACUGGGGAAAGAUGUGUGUAUCUUCAGACAUCCAUGAAAUAUAAUAUCCUUCCAGAAAAGGAGGAUUCCCCAUUUUCUUUGGAGGUACAAACUCUGCCUCAAACUUGUGAUGGACCCAAAGCCCAUACCAGCUUCCAGAUCUCAGUGAAUGUCAGUUACAGAGGGAGCCGCCCAGUCUCCAAUAUGGUGAUUGUUGAUGUGAAAAUGGUAUCUGGUUUUAUUCCCUUGAAACCAACAGUAAAAAUGCUUGAAAGAUCUAACCAUGUGAGCAGGACAGAAGUGAGCAAUAACCAUGUCAUCAUUUAUGUGGAACAGGUGACAGCUCAGACACUAAGCUUUUCUUUCACGGUUCUGCAAGACAUCCCAGUAAGAGACCUAAAGCCAGCGGUUGUUAAAGUCUAUGAUUACUAUGAGACACAUGAGUCCGCUAUCGCUGAGUACACUGCCCCCUGCAGCAUAGAUGCAGAGCAAGACAAUGUUUGAGGACCACAUUUAGACUACAUCUUUUGCUGGAUUCCCUGUCCUGUACUUGAAUUUAGAAGGAAUUGGGUUGUUUAUCUCUGUAAAACAGACAUCAAAAAGGCUUGUUGAAUAAAUAUA